UCUUUCAUAUUCGGCCAUUUUGGAUUAAAGCGUUGAAGCGCAGGCGAACAAAAUGGCGUCUUGAGUUCAGUUGAAUUCACGCGCCUCUUAAAAGUUACAGAAAAUAUCCAUGAUUUAUAUGUUUCCCCCUCCACGUUCGAACUGAAUUAGCUUCCAGGCUAGGCUGAUGUUUGUGGAUUUAUAGGCGUGUAAAUCAAAGAUGUUUGUGGCGAAAAGCAUCGCGGCGGAUCAUAAAGAUCUCAUUCAUGAUGUUUCUUACGACUUCCACGGCCGCAGGAUGGCCACUUGCUCCAGUGACCAAAGCGUCAAGGUUUGGGAUAAAAGUGACAGCGGCGAGUGGCUCUGCACAGCAAGCUGGAAGACUCACAGUGGCUCGGUGUGGCGUGUGACGUGGGCUCACCCGGAGUUCGGUCAGGUUUUAGCGUCCUGUUCCUUUGACCGCACCGCCGCGGUUUGGGAGGAGAUAGUCGGAGAGUCGAACGAUAAACAGCGUGGCCUCAGUCACUGGAUUAAGAGGACGACGCUGGUGGACAGCAGGACGUCGGUGACGGAUGUGAAGUUCGCACCGAAGCACAUGGGUCUGGUCCUGGCCACGUGCUCGGCUGACGGCGUGGUCCGUAUCUACGAAGCUCCGGACGUGAUGAACCUGAGUCAGUGGAGCCUCCAGCACGAGAUCUCCUGCAAACUCUCCUGCUCCUGCAUCUCCUGGAACCCCUCCAGCUCACGUGCACACUCUCCUAUGAUCGCAGUCGGCAGUGACGACAACAACGUGACCUACACCGGAAAAGUGCAGAUCUACGAGUACAACGAAAACACCAGGAAGUACGCCAAAGCAGAAACCCUGAUGACCGUCACGGAUCCGGUCCACGACAUCGCCUUCGCCCCGAACCUCGGCAGGUCCUUCCACGUCCUCGCCAUAGCAACCAAAGACGUGCGCAUUUUCAAGCUGGUGCCUCUGCGGAGAGAGAGCUCCACCAGCUCCGGCACCACCAAGUUCGAAGUGCAGUUGAUGGCUCAGUUCGACAGUCACAACUCUCAGGUGUGGCGCGUGAGCUGGAACAUCACCAGCACGCUGCUCGCCUCGUCAGGGGACGACGGCUGCGUCCGACUCUGGAAAGCUAACUACAUGGAUAACUGGAAGUGCACAGGGAUCCUACGGGGAGAUGGAAGCCCGGUGAACGGCUCCUCGGUCUCGACCGCCGCUCUGAACGCCACCACGGCUUCAGGAGCUCAGAACACGGGCGUGGGAGCUGCCGGAGCGGGCAGGUAUUUUUUCCCCCACCUGGCCCCACCCAGACUGGCGCACCUCCUCCCCCCUCCCUCGCUCCUCGAGCAGACGUGUGAAGGAGAACACACACACUCUCAGCAGCCGCCUCAGCUACACCGCCGAUACGCAGCCGCUGUGUCCAAUCAGGACGCUGAGCGCGAGUGACAUCACUUCCUCCCAUCCACGCACCAUUGAAAAUGUUUGUUUUUGAUAAAUACUCUGUGCUCAUCAAAUAGAGUUGACUUUUAUUCCUCAAUUAUUAUAUUUCUCUUGUUCACUCUUAUGGCAAAGAUUUCAUUCCUAAUCCCUAAUCCCUAAUCCCUCUGUCUGUACCCUAAUCCCUAAUUUCUUAUUCUUAAUGCAUAUACCCUCACCCCUAAUCCCUGAUCUCACACCCUGUACCCUAACCCUGUACCCUCACCCCUAAUCCAUGAAAUUAAACCCUGUACCCUCACCCCUAAUCCCUGAUCUCACACCCUAUACCCUAACCCUGUACCCUCACCCCUAAUCCCUGAAAUUAAACCCUGUACCCUCACCCCUAAUCCCUGAUCUCACACCCUAUACCCUAACCCUGUACCCUCACCCCUAAUCCAUAAAAUUAAACCCUGUGCCCUCACCCCUAAUCCCUGAUCUCACACCCUGUACCCUCACCCUAUACCCCUACAAACAGUAUACGUAGAGUAUAAUCUGUAACCCUGAAGCCAUAUCCCUAUCACACCUAGACCUUAUUAGCUCAUUUCUAAUCCUUUAUCCAAAAUUCCUCAUGUAUAGAAGUUAAACUCCUCCGUCCUCAUUUCUA